CCGGUAAAAACAAUAGUAAUUGGUUCUUUUUGGCACAAUUUUACAUUUAUCUGAUGUUUUAUACAUUUCUGAUACACUUCCAAACAUUUUUUCCAUCUAGCAUGCACAUACGUUGCUAGGGAAUACGCAACAUCCACUCCAAUAUUGCUUUCACGUAGUAAUAUUGCACGAUGGACAACAACGAAGAAGAUGAAUGUGGCGAGGUCAUCGAAUCGUCCCAGGUCCCAAGCUUCGAUCAAAAAUUCGUCUAACACGGCCAGACUAUCGCGUCAUGUUAAAUCCUGUAGAAAAGGAGAAACGGGACAGAAAAGACAAAAAGAAACCACCCAAACGGAUACGGGACAACAAAAGCGUUUCGCAAUGUCUUCGGCAAGCGUGGACACUGCCAAGUAAAGUGGCAUUGCCUGCUACCACCAGUGCCACCGCAACCAAAAUCAACAAACAGCAGCAGCAAGCAGAUGAACAGCCCGAUGAAGAAUACAUAAAAAUCGCCACCCAGCAAGAGCCUUCGCAAGCGGCCGUUGGCAUUCAAGCCAUUCCGUCGGUAAGCUUGUUCGACCGGCAGCAGGAUGUGUUGGCACGGUACAUCUUCAACGAAACGACCGAGGCGCAGAUCGACCGCCAGCUGCAGCAGUUGCUGGACGGGUUUCAGGCGGAGUACGAGAGUAAGUGUGCCGAGCUGGAGGGUUCACCGCCGCCGGGAGUGCGGCCGGGCGAGCACGAUGCUAACGAUGAACCACUACAGGCGACAUGUUUGCCCGCUACGAGUGCCAAACCAGUUGCAACGAUACGGAAUAAUUCACCAACCGGUGCUUUAUCGCCUCCACUACUAACAGACAGUGAACCAUUCAUAAUGCCUGACUUUAGUAAGGAGAUUGCUCAGCUGGAAGACAUGAUGGAAUUGGACAGCCCGCAGCGGCCUGUUCCCGAGCUGGAUCCACUUGUUCCCAUCGUCGAAAUACUGGAGGAGCCUCGAAGAGUCGUGCAACAGGUGGUUGUUCCUACGGUGACCGAAAACGCUUGCCUCGAUCUGUCGGUACAGAGGGAAAAAAUAGAUCACGUGAAUCGUGUACCAACCGCCAUGAGCAUCGAUGAGGAAUGUACAAGGGCGCAUCUAAUUCGACCAGCCUACGUACCGGCAGUUCCUGCGGCGGCGGUUCCACCAAACUCGCAACGCUUCGAUGACAUUCUCGACCUUCGCGUUUCAACACCAUGGAAGCCUCGUUCGGCGGCCGUUACGGUGGCUCCUUCCAAAUCCGCCUGCAAACCGCUCGCCGACACGGCUGAACUCGGCACACAGACCAGAUGGCAGCGGCGAAACGUUGGCAUUCAGCACCGUCCGCUAGCUUCGUUCGAUUUCACCGAUCGCAACCUGAUCGUGCUGGCACAGGCACUCGAAGCCGAUCCGGCCCGGCUGAAGUGUAAAAUGCGAAGCGUUGUGAAAUCGUCCGCCGAACCGAUCUGGCGGACGCGCGAUCUUGCGGCAGUAUUUUCCCUGGCCGAUCCUUACUAUGCGAAUUUGAAACAGUUCCUAUAAAGGACGUAAGCGGGCGGCGGCAU